AUGGAAGGUACCGGUCAGAGCGUAGCAUCAACAAUAAUGGAAAUGAAGGACGAGAAUUCAGAGGAAGUUCUUCAUGAAACAGAAUCUCAAAAAGACAAUUUGGACAGUGUUAUAGGUAAUUUGAGUAAAAACCAGCUAAAAAAAAUAAAAAAGAGGGAAAAAUGGCUGUCAAGGAAGGCGGAGAAAAGACUGAAGGAGCGUGCAAAAACCAGGGAAAAAAGGGCAUUUGCUCGAGCCAAUAACAUCGACCUGGGCCCCUCGAGGAAGGCUCUCAAAAAAUGCACAAUGGCUGUCAGUCCAUGCAAAGUAACUCUUGCCAUCGACAUGUCAUUCGAUCAUCUAAUGAUCGAUAAGGAUAUAGCUAAAUUAAUUAAACAAAUUCUCAGGUGUUACACGUUGAAUCGACGAGCACUAGCACCUGUGCAAUUCUCGGUUACUAGUUUCAGUGGAAAGUCCCAACAGGAGAUGGAGAAGCACAACGGCUAUCAGCAUUGGGAUGUGAACUUUUAUUCGCAGUCUUACCUCGAAAUGUAUGAAACGAAAAAAAUUAUUUACCUGACUUCAGAAUCCGAUAACGUGAUUGAUAAUUUAGAGCAAGAUUUCGUGUACAUAAUUGGAGGAUUGGUAGAUCAUAACCAACAAAAGGGAUUAUGCCAUGAAUUAGCACAAAAGGCUGGGGUGGCUCAUGCACGUCUACCUUUAGACAAAUUCCUCAAGAUGAAGAGUCGGAAAGUACUGACGAUAGAUCAUGUAUUUGAAAUUCUCCUGAGGGUGACAGAAGGCAAAACCUGGCAGGAUGCUUUCCUCCAAGUGCUUCCUCUCCGGAAAAACGCCGAGCCCAUGUUAUUCCCCGCUGGUACCCCCUGUGAUAAAUCCCUAAGCCAGGAUUCCCCAGAAUUAGCUGACAAAAUGAUUUCCGAAUAAGUACAUGAAGAUUGAAUUUUUAUUUUGUCCAAAAAAUGUAUAUGUGAGGUCAUUCUCACACAUUUAAUUUUAUCAUAUAUUGAAAAAUAUAUCGAUACGCAUAGCACGCAUACAUAACGUGUAUGUACAUAGGUAUAUGUAUGUAGAAAUAUUGAAAUCAUAUAUGUGUAAAUAAAUAACUCUUCUAUAAUAGCAUUUUUUGUAGAUUGUAGAAACUCGGUUUAAGGAAGUGUUAGCAUUAAGCGUCAUUUCUGCAGGGAAAUAUUUCAUUGUCCAAUGACACAGGACAUUUUCAAAAAAUACCGGGUAUUAACAAACCUUCACUGAUUAGUUACGGGUAUUAACUAGACUCUCUGAAUAUCACGUCCAUUUUUGAAAAUAAAAACACUUUGUACCGUCAAUAUUUCAAUUGCGAAGGGGAAAAACGAAAGAGAACUUCCUGAGCACGAAUAAUCAGUAAAAUUAUCGAUUCGUGAAAUCAAUAGCUCUAUCUACAUUUACAUAAUCAUUAAUCAUUUUUGUUGAAUCACUAUCCACAUCAUAAUAUAACAAAAAGAACGAAAAAACCGGACCAUUGACUCUAGGUCCGAGUGAAUGUUCUGAAGUACACAGUUAUCCUGUACCUAUCCUGCACUGCUUUCAAUUCCAAGAUCAUUGCUGCACAUCGGACAAUACUGUACUCAUUAUUCUAAAAAAAUUAAAAUUAUCAAAAUGGCUGUUCUACCCAAGCACCAAAACAGAAAAAUCACAAUUUUAGGAACCACAAUAUCUUUUUCGAUUAAAAAAAUAAAAAAAUAAA